AUGACAAUGGAUCAAGAAGUUUUGACAACUCUGAAACUACUUAUGAUAGGUGAAUCAAAUGUCGGAAAGUCAAGCAUUUUAUUAAGGUUCACCGAAGACGAGUUUAAUGAGAAUAUACAGAACACUGUGGGUAUGGAUUAUAAAACAAAGCAAGUAAAUAUUGAUGGCAACGUUGUAAAACUUGCAAUCUGGGUAAUUUUUAUAAAUAAAUUGUUUUUUUUUUUUAUAGAUCCAGUAAUUAAUACUAAAGUUAGCGGACGUUUUUAAUUUUUUGAUUAUUUUUCAUUUAUUAAAUUAGAACUGAAAAAUAUUUUUAAAAAAUUGCACUGAUAGUUUUUCAAGUUUUUUACCAGUGAAAAUUUUUUUUUAUUUUUUUAUAAUGAUUUUUUCAAUAAAAAAAAUUUUUAAAUGUCGGCUAACUUUUAAAUACGUCUCUAGUACAGUUAUAAAAGCUUUUUAAAUAAUUAAAAAAAUUAUCAACAGGAUACUGCGGGUCAAGAAAGAUUCCGCACCUUGACACCUAGUUACUAUCGUGAUGGCCAAGGUGCUAUCUUAAUGUAUGACGUCACCGAUCGUAAUACGUUUGUAAAAUUAGAAACGUGGUUAGACGAAUUAAAUACCUACUGUAAUAAAUCGGAGAUAGUUAAAAUGGUUGUUGGAAACAAGAUAGACCUGCCAGAUCGGCAAGUUACUACGGAAGAAGGUCUGAAUUUCGCACGAAGACAUCAGACACUUUACAUCGAAAGCAGCGCUAAAACUGCUGACGGUGUCAAAUGUUGUUUUGAAGAAUUGGUUCAAAAGAUUUUGCAAACACCUGGUCUCUGGGAGCACAAUAAUUCAUCCAGGAUUCAGAAUAUUGCUGGAGGUGGUCCUCGUCAACGACUAGGAAAGCGUGGAAUGCUAUUGACUGAUGAUCCUCAGCCCCAAGACGCUUAUAAUAAUUGUUAUUGCUAG